AUGGGAUCUAUCGUCUACAAGUCUAAGAAGUAUCCGGACCUCGUAGAUCCAUCCACAACUUUCGGUGCUUCUGCCCAACAUGCUUUCUCUACAGAGCCUACCACGGAUGAUCCAUAUGCCUACCAAGUUGGAUUUGGGAACAGGUUUUCCUCCGAAGCCAUUCCUGGAACCCUCCCUCGCUCGUGUAAUGUUCCGCAGAAAGUCAAGUACAACCUCUACUCAGAACAGCUGAACGGCUCGACAUUUGUAUCGUCCCGGAUAAAUUUGCAGAAUGCUUGGUUCUAUCGCAUUUUCCCCUCUGUGGCUCACGGCAAUCUUGCCAAAGUACCACAUAAUGCAGAUAUUGAGUCAAAAUUCCUAUCCUUGAAUGAAAAUGUUGAGUUCGUGCCCGGAGCGCUUUGCUGGAGGGCGUUUCCCAUUCCCAGCGUUGAUGGUCCGACAGUGGACUUUGUUCAGGGGCUCAAGACAAUAGUAGGGCACGGGGACCCAACGACAAAAGAAGGCCUAGCCGUGCACGUCUACAGCUCGAACGCCUCAAUGAAAAAUCGUGCAUUCUGCAGCAACGAUGGCGAUAUGCUUCUUGUUCCCCAGCUAGGGAGGCUUGACAUUCAGACAGAAUUCGGGAGGAUGAUGGUGAGGCCUGGGGAGCUGGCCGUCAUUCAAUCUGGCAUUAGAUUCAAGGUUGAGUUGCCAGAUGGACCUUCGAGGGGCUACAUACAGGAAUUGUUCGGAAGCCGUUACGAGCUUCCAGAACUAGGCCCAUUGGGAAGCAACGGCAUGGCUCUUCCACGUGAUUUCGAGUCUCCGGUGGCCUCCUUCGACAUGGAUAUAUCUGAGUGGGAAAUUGUGUACAAGUUGGCAGGAAAGUUAUGGUCUUGCAGGCAGGAUCACACGCCUUUCGACGUUGUGGCAUGGGACGGCAAUUAUGUGCCGUUCAAGUAUGCUGCGGAAAAGUUUGUCAACGCAGCAUUCGUGGACAAGGACCAAGCCGAUCCUAGCCUGUAUACGGUCUUGACAGCCAAAUCCAAGAUUCCAGGUGUACCCAUAACCGAUUUCAUGUUUUUCACGCCGAAGUGGUCGUCAGCAACCAAUACUUUUCGCCCUCCCUAUUACCACCGAAAUAUGGCAACUGAAGUCGUGGGGAUCAUUCAUGGAGAUUACAAGGGUACCAGUCGCAACCUGGAAGCUGGCGGACUUAGCUUUCAGUCAAGCUAUAUGCCUCACGGAGAAACUCAUGAGGCAUUUGAGCAGGCGACCGCGAUUGAGCUGAAGCCUCAGCGGGUCGGCGAAGGAUUUCUUGCUUUCAUGUUUCAAAUCAGCACGCAUUGUGCCGUAACACAGUUCGCCCUUGAGAGAAGCGGGGUGUUGGAAGUACCUCCGGCAUCCCUUUGGGACUCGAUGCAAGGCCAUUUUUUCGAGUAUAUCGACGAGGUGAACGAGGACUUGACGCGAAGAGGCUUACCACCUCUUGGAUCAUCAACAAGCUCUUGA